GGGGCGGCGGGGGCGGGAUGGGGGCGGCGGUGCCGGCUCCGCGCCGCGCAGGUUAAGAACCGCGUGGGGCCGCGGUGGAACCAGAGAGAGCCGUGCCGAGCCGCUUUAAAAGCCGUGCCGAGCCCUGCCGAGCCGUGCCAGCAUGGCCCAGCCCCGCUGCCGCUCCGUGCUCAUCACCGGCUGCAGCCGUGGCAUCGGGCUGGGGCUGGUGCGGGGGCUCGCAGCCUCCAGCCCCUGCCCCGAGCUGGUUUUCGCGACGUGCCGCUACCCCGAGAAGGCGCAGGAGCUCCAGCAGCUUAGCAAGCAAUACAGCAACAUCAGGCUCCUCCAACUGGAUGUGGUCUGUGAAAACAGCAUCAAGAAAGUAGUCAAAGAAGUGGAAGAAAUUGUGGGAGACAAAGGUCUCAACUGCCUCAUUAACAAUGCUGGCAUUAAUGUGCUUGCUUCCUUGGAAGAAGUCACAGCAGAGACGAUGCUCACCAUUUAUGAAACCAAUACAGUUGCCCAGCUGAUGGUCACUAAGGCUUUUCUACCCCUUCUGAGGAAGGCAGCCCAGCUGGGCACAGGAAUGGGCUGCCACAGAGCUGCUAUUAUUAAUAUGUCCUCUCUUGCUGCCUCCAUGCAACUCGUCCAGGCAAAUGAGAUGUUUCUCAAGGUCUACCCCUACAGGAUAGCAAAGACUGCACUGAACAUGAUCACCAGGUGUCUUGCUGCAGACUUGAAAUCGGAUGGAAUUCUCUGUAUUUCUUUGCAUCCAGGCUGGGUUCAGACAGACAUGGGCGGAAACAUGGCUCCCCUGCAGGUGCAAGAGACUAUCCCAAGUAUUCUCUCUGUUCUGGAUGGUCUUGGUGAAAAAGAUAACGGCUCCUUCCUGGACUGGCAAGGGGAAACUCUACCAUGGUAGAUGUGCACAGUAUACAACAGAAACAGCAUGUCAGUCACUAUUCAACUUGUGCCAGUAAUGUCUCCUCCGUCUCCAGGAUUUUCUUACGUGCUAGUUGAAACAUACAGUCUAAUAUCCAUCCUCUCUCUAGGUGUAUUUGGAAAGGCUUGACUCUUCUUUGGUAUUGCUACUGCUCUGUUUUAAUGCUUCCUGCAAAUACUACUGUGUUUUUAGUGAUGGGUCUCUCCUGGAACCACUUAAAAUAGAUUAAAAACUGUAAGUUAAAUCCAGGGGUUGGUUCCUCUUUGCUUCCAGUACCAUACCAAGCCUCCCUCUCUGCAGAAGUCAGUGAUCUGCCCUCAGGCCUGACCUGACAGCACAGGCUGUUGGAUUCCAGUACGUUCAAUUUGCUGGAGGCAUGUCUCUGGAAAAGGUCCUCCAGUUUCGUCCACUCCUACAUGAGCCAAGGCUGAAAUUGCCUAGUCCUGAACGUGGAUUUGGUACCUCUGUAAGCUCCUCAGCAGCUUCCAAGCGUCUCCAGGCUGAUUACACCAGGCACUUGCUUUGUUCCCAGUGCGUGACUAACAUCCUGAUAUCGGGGUGGGAAUGUGGUUUUGUAUAUAAACUUCUGAAGUGUCUUCAAUAAAGUCUUGUUUAAACAGA